AAUGGGAGACCUCCAGAUCCUGCUGACUGGGCUGUUAGAGAUGUUGUGAAUUAUUUCAGGACAGCUGGAUUUGAAGAACAAGCCAGUGCUUUUCAAGAACAGAGCCUGCCCUGCGCUCACUGUGCCACACACGGAGAUGACUGUGAUCUCAGCGUGGUGCAGCCCUACUCUGCUGCUGCUUCUCUUCUCCCCAGCCCUGUGGGCAGCAGAGAUUUCCUGCAGGAAUGAAGAUGGGGAGGCAGUGGACUGGUUUGCUCUGUACAAGCUGCCAAAGCACACCAAAGGAGAUGGCACAGGGCUGGGCCUGGAGUACAUGUACAUGGACAGCCUGGCACAGCAGUGGCAGCCUGGCAGGUACCUUGUCAACAUGACGCAGGGUGCUCUGGGACAGACACUGGGGCAGCUCUACAAAGCAUACGAGUCCAAGAGUAACAACACUGUGUAUGCAAUCUAUAACGAUGAGGUCCCUCAUUCUGGCUCCAUCAACUCGAAAAGAGGACACACCAAAGGAUUUCUGCUCUUGGACAAAUCACAAGGCUUCUGGGUGAUCCACAGCGUGCCCUUGUUCCCCCCCUUCCCUGAGGAUGGCUAUGGUUACCCAGCCAGUGGGGAGUCCUAUGGACAAACGGCCAUCUGCAUAACCUUUGCAUAUGAGCAGUUCAUAGAAAUAGACCAACAGAUGCAGAGCUCUAAUCCAAAAAUCUACAGUUGCUCCCUCCCUGAUACUUUCCAAGCUGAUCUCCCAAACCUGCAAAAGCUCUGUGCAGGCUCCAGGCCGCCCUCGGGCCCCCUGCGCCGCCUCUCCAAGCUCCAGUCAGUACACGGGGAAGCCUUUCUCCACUUUGCAAAGUCUGAUUCUUUUGUGGAUGAUAUCUACGUGGCCUGGGUGGCUCAGGAACUGAAGACUGAUUUGUUGGCUGAAUCGUGGCAGCACUCUGGCCAAAAGCUUCCCUCAAACUGCUCUCUCCAGUACUUUGUCUACAACAUAAAUCUCAUAGGGACGCCACUGAAUUCCACCUUCCAUUCGAUCCAGGAUCAUUCCAAAUGGUCUGUUUCAAUGAAGGAUGAAGUUCAGUGGACUUGCAUUGGAGACCUAAAUCGUGCUGCUGAGCAAGCUUGGAGGAGUGGUGGGUUCAUCUGUACACAGAACAAACACAUCUACAAUGCUUUUAGACGUUUGGUGAUCCACUACGAAAGUUGCAAUGAUGCUUCCAUGUGGAUAUAAAUGGACUGUUCCUCCCAAACAGCAUAGCCCCUCAUUACAUAAAACGUGUAGGAAAUAUCUCCCUUAAAUUAUAUUUUCUCUUUGAAAAAAAAUGGCCCUGUGAGUUGCCAGAUUUGCUAAGCUUUCACUUCAUUAGCUAUAAAAGCAGACAUUUUAUGGUUAAAACAUGUCUGUUUUUUAACCUGCACCGUGAUGCUGAAGCAAAGUGUGCUGCUGCCAGCAGUGGUUCACAGGGGAUGUCAGGGAGAAAUGCUGGACAGGGGAUGUGAGGAAGAAUGAAAACUUGCCUUUGUACACAGGUUGUUUGGGAUGGGCUGUUGACAGGAGAAAAGUACCCCAAAAUGCUUCAAAAUCACCACCAUUCCAGGUUCUGUUGAAAUCAGAUCAUGUCUGCUGAGGCUGGGCUGAAUUUUUUAAAAGCCAGGCAUAACUGGGUGCAAACAGGAAGACAAGUAGUCUGGGGACAAGAAAGCUUCAUUUUUUUUGAUUAAUUUUUAGAGGAGAAAUCAGCUUUGAAUCAUUUGUUACCAAUAGCUUGGGAAUGUUUCUGGUGCUUUUAUUCAUGUGCAGCAAUCAUAUAAACCAAUAAACACGUCCAAAAAAUGAAUGAAUAAAAUAAAUUAAGAGAGAAGAUGUUCUUUUUAUGGCCUCUCUCUUCCAUCUACAGCUAUUUGUGAUUGGUUAUAAGGUUUUAUAGCUGCCAAAGGAAAAAUUGAGAAAAUUAAGGGGGGGGAGGAGAGAGAGAAGAAAAUAUUUGAAGGAAGAUGUUAUUUCAUCUGCAUUUGCACACUACAGAUUGGUCUGUUAAUUUUUGAUACCUCCAUUCUCAGGCCUAGCAUUUGAAAUUUGCAUAGAUUUGCUGUAAAGACAAAGCUAACUUUCAAACUCAUGAUCACAUUCUUUUAAUCAGUUUCUAAUAUGUUCCCAGGUACAUUUGUAGGAUUACAUCCCACUUGUUACUUUUUCUUCCCCCUGAAUUGCUAUAAACUCUUGUUUUAAAGUUUGCCUGCCCUGCUAAUAUUUCUGUUUUGCUGUGUUUGUAUUCAAUACCCCUGACAAGUGUCAAAUAGCUAUAAAGAAAUACCCUAUGACCGCAAGAAUUUACUGAAGAUUUCCUUCUCUUUCCAUCCUGAAAAAUCAACCAAACAACAAAGUGUUCAAAAUACCAAAUAAAUUAAUGUAAUAUCAGA